GUCUAACCUCGUGACAACUUUGACAAACCAAGGAGGAGACGGCGGCCACAAAUUGACCCGGUCGCCGGUACCAAGCGCCUUCCGACACCGUGACGUGUCUGUGUUGGACGGCGAGUGGAAAUUAACCAUGGAGACCAGACAACAAGGUUUUCUUGAAUCUGAGCCUCUGAGGGAAGCAGAUGAAAACACGUCGGACGUCAACCUCAGCAACUCCAUCCUGACAGAAGAGGAGAGAGAGGAAAUUCAGCAGGAGCUAGCCAAACUGGAAGAUGAGAUCAGCACACUGAAACAGGUGCUAGCAUCCAAAGAGAAGCGGCACACGGAGAUCAAGCACAAACUGGGCAUCACUCCUCUGGGAGAGCUACGCAACAAUUUCACCCGAGGAUGGCAAGACAUGCAGAGCUCCGUCGCGUACAAGAGAACAUCGGAGACGCUUUCUUCGGCAGGGCAGAAGACCACGGCCGCUUUCAGCACGCUCGGCAACGCCAUCAACAGGAAGUUUGGAGACAUGAGGUCGGGCUCUAUAGGCUACUCCAUCUCUCACUCUAUGAGCAUGCCUGCUAUGAGAAACUCGCCAAGCUUCCGAUCUUUUGAGGAGAAAGUUGAGAGUACGGUGACCACCAUCAAGACUAAAGUUGGGAGUCCCGGGGCAGGAGGAAGCUUCGAGGACGUCCUCUCUUCCACGGCGAAAGCCAGCGCUCAGGACACACCCACCAACAACUUGACAGAAACACCUGAGAGGCCGUAGGAGACUAACAGUAUUCAUGUUUGCUUUAUAUUAUAGAAACAAGUUCUAUCAAGACUAUACAGUAUAUGAUUGGUUCGCAUAAUCAACAUCAGAAAGUGCUAGAAUUGAACUUCAUCAUUAAUCCAUAUUGCUGUGAAUGCCUCCUACCUUUUUUCAAUUCACUUUCAUUCAAAAAGAAAUGACCGUCAACCUUUAUCAUGUAAGAUUUAUCGGCUGACAUUACGAACCUUGUGAAAUAGCGAUGUAUAUUUAAACUAACACUGCAAGCUGUGCAAUGUGUAAAUAACUGAGCUGUGAACCGAGUUUUAUAAUGACACAUUUUGUACAUGUAUUUUCAGUACUAUGGAGUCAUUUUAAGGCUGAAAGGAAAAAAAUUGAAUCCUCACCCAUGUGCUGUUAAUUUGAAGCACUUUGUGCCCCUCUAAUGUCAUUUGCAAAAUUUUCUUGUGACUGGCAGGAUGAGACACCGCAUCUAAUUUAGCCCUUAGCCUAAUUAAAUAACGCCUAAGGGGAAAUAAAGUUGGACACGAUGUACAAUGUCAACUUAGUCAAAUUUUGAACUGAUGCAUUUGAGUAUUUAUUAUGCUUCUAAAACAAGAUUUUUGGGAGGCUCAGUAAAGUUAUAACCAUUUAUCAAUGUUAUUACCUGUUGACAGACCUACAAUCCAUCUUUCAGCCUGUUUUUGUCCCAUCUGUCUUAAUCUUGCUUUCAGAAUAAGAACUAUUUAACACAAUAAAGCUCUCUUGUAUGUUCUGCUGGAAUCGAGUACAUCUCAGGUCCCGUUUUAUAAUAAAACGUUAUUCAAGCGUAACAUUUUGAAUGCAUGGAGCAUUGUUUCCCCAGGAUUUGUCCAUUCAACACUGCCAAGAUAUUAAAGAGUUUUGCUUGUGCAAAAAUAUUGCA